AGGCGUGCGUACUCGUCUCUACACGCCCGCAUAGAGCGAAGCGAAGCGGUUCCUGAUCGUCUCCGAGUUUUCCCAUUUCAGACGCGUUGACGAGGAGCGCAUUAGCGUGUGGCUCAUCGAUAGAAGCUCUACCUUAGAAGCUCCAUCCAUCAGGAGCUCUCUUCUCUCUCCUUUUUUUUUUUUGUAUCUCUCUACAUAGAAUCACGCAUCAUUUAGAGCGGACAAGAUGGACGAGGAGUACUCGUUUCAGCCGCAAAUCAACACACGCAGUCGACGCCUCGCGCGUGACGCGCCGACGUUGCGCGAGCGACAAGAGCAGGAGGAGUUGUUGCGCCACUCCGCACGUUGCGAGUGUCCUGCACAGAGUCGCCCAGCACGCAGUCCAGUAUCUGCGUCAAAGACUGUUGCUCGUGCGCCAACUGCAAAGCCAUCGAUCGUCGCGAAGAACGACGACAACGCUGUUUCUGAUGAUGACACUGUUGUUCAGUCGGUGUGGGCUCUGUGGCGGGCAGCGGCUGCAGGAGAAGGCCGUGCUGCGGAACUGCAGUACGUGCGAGCAGAAACUGUUGCGGAUGGCGCCGCGCUGCCACGACCGCCUGUCGUGUACGUCGCCACUGUUUUAUCGAUGUUGACCUCGCUUGGCCUUCGUGCCCCGCAGCACGCCGCACUGGUUGACAAGUUUCUGAUGGCGUUGGAUAUACAAGGUGCUGGCGAGGAGACGGCGGUGGUGGACGCAGAACGCUUCGUUUACGUCUUCACGACUGUCUGGAAAGCCGCCAUUACGAAUCCCACCCGCGUGGGUCCUGCACUGGCACGUAGCUGUGUGUCGCGAGGCGUCUCUCCGGUGGUGCAGCCUGCCCAACGCUUUUCUUGCUCCCCAUCCUCUCCGUCCAUAUCCCCUCAAGUAGCACGACGUGGUCCUUCAACGAGUGAUGCGGCAGCCAGCAGCAACGUCAACUCAAGCGGUGCGGCCACGCCCCGCUCCACCUCUUCCUUAUCCUCGUCCGCUGUGUCGCAGUGCCACGCGCGGGGUUCGAGCGUUGUUGGCAAGACUGUUGUUCUGCAUACGUCGUUUGAACCUCACGCCUCUCUCACGGAGUCUGCCUCCCGCGAAUCAUCCUCUCUUGACGAAAGUGCCGACAACAGUAGCAGCGGCAGCGGCACCCAUGUGGGGGUGGACGAGGUGUCGAGCGAGGACGGGUCUUUUCUGCACACAAACAUGUCACGUACCUCCUCCCUUUCGCCACCGACGCCGCAAGCCGAGGCAAAGCCAGCCAGCAGCCCCUCCCCCUUCUCCGCAGAGGACGCCCCCGGGCUGAGCCCCAGCCCCGAGCCGCGCAACCCGCACGAAACGCCCGCGGCGCGUACGACGUCCCGCCCCACGGCCCACCGCUCUCCCUUUUCCACCACACCGGCGCCGCUGCGCUCCGCGUCGUCGGCGGCGUCGAUGAUGAAACGGGUGCCGCACGCAGGGUCCGCGACGCGUGUACUGGCCAGCGAUUCCCACCUGCUCACCAGCACUGUCAGCCGCGAAUCGAAAAAGGCGGCGAAGCGCGUGCCCGGCGGGCCGAUGCGCGAGUGCACCUUCGCGCCAAAAAUCAACGACGUCUCCCAGGAGCUGCGUCACGCCUCGGUCACAGCGGCCGAGAACCGACGGAAAGUCGAACACGUGGACGCGACACCGUCCUUUCAGCCAAACACGCAGCAGUACCACAAAGAGCGUGCCAAGCUGGCUUGGUGGGCUGAGAAGCCGUUUAAGCGGAGCGUGUACACAUCCAACGAGGACCUGCACCGUAGCGCACAGCAUGAACCCGCAGCUGGCGUAGGAGGAGCGACCCCGGUUCCGAUGGCGCCCGGCUUCGACACGGCCGUGCGGCGCAUGAUUGCUGCGCGCCAGCGGCAACAGCAGCAUGGACCGAGCACGUCAGAUAUGUACACACCAGCUCCAUCCAAGCGUGAAUCAGCCGUGCGGAGGACCGAAGCGCAGCCGCUGCUGUACGUGGAUGUCGACUUGCCACGCGGGGAAACCGGUCGCAUCGCCCUGUUCCGCGGCGCAGACGUUGCAGAAGUGGCGAAAGACUUUAGUGCGACGCACAACCUUGACGACCGCUUGUGUCGACGACUUGAGAACGUCCUGCGUGAGCAGCUGCUGGCGUUUACUUAA